AUGGGCGGGAACUUGAGCGUCCUCAUCGUCGACACGCCGGUCGACGCCGAAACGGACCCCAGCGCGGACCACACGAGGCGCAUUGCGGAGCUCGAGGCCGAGCUCAAGCACGAACGCGACGACAAAGCUCGCUUGAUUCGCGACCACGAGGGAGAGCUCAAGCGGCUUCGCGACGACAAAGCUCGCUUGAUUCACGACCACGAGGAAGAGCUCCAGCGGCUCCGCGACGUCAUCACAGCAGACCAUGCCAACCUCCGAGACGCGCGCGCGAAGCUUCUGACGCACCAGCGCCUCGGGUCGGUGCCGACAAUCGAGCCGGGCUCGUUUACAAGCCUCGGGAAGGCCGGCGAGUGGCUGCAUCCGUUCGCAGAGCUCACGCCGGGCCGGCUCCAGAACGGCACACUUGUGCUGCGCAUCCAGCUCAAGCCGGCCUUUCAAAACGACGAAAAGGUCGUCUUGCGCUUCAAGCAAACCAUGGCCAUCAUGCAAGCACUCCAAGGCGGCGACGGCUCGCUCCUGCGCAUUGUCGGUGCCAGCCAACGAUCGACCAACGACCCCAUCGCGUACGUCGAGCACGUGACAGGCAUGACGCUCAAGCACUACUUGACCACGAAGCGCGAUGCGUCAUGGCCCGAGAAGCUGCACAUUGCAGUUCAAAUCGCCACAGCGAUUGCGCACAUGCACAACCUCGCCGUGAUGCACCGCGACCUCUCAUGGCUGUGCGUCUACGUGGAGGCGACCGGUCGCGUCAAGGUCUUUCCCGGUCUUAAAAUGCGCGACACCGAACCAAACGGAAAGCUGACGAACGGCGUGACCGAGGCGCGGUGGAGUGCUCCCGAGACACUUGCAACGACCAAGAGCAACGAGCAAGCUCCCGAGACACUUGCGACGACCAAGGGCAACGAGCAAGCUCCCGAGACACUUGCAACGACCAAGGGCAACGAGCAAGGCGCGUCGUACGACGACAAGAUCGACAUCUUUGGCCUAGGGCUGCUCCUCAUUGCAUUCGUCACCCACGACGGCCCCUUCAUGCACAUUCUAAGGCCCAACAACAACCAACCUAUCGACGACGGAUUGCUCUGCACCAGGCUUCAAGACCCUACGCAAGCCCAGACGCUUUUGACCAGCGACUUUGGGCCGUGUCCGUCCAACGAGUACCAAGCACUCGCGUUUGCUUGCAUCCAGUUGGACCCGGACCGUCGGCCCACGGCACCCGAAGUCGUUCGCCGGCUCGAAGCGUUGCUGCAGACGUACGGUGGUCCGAUGACCAUGCCGACCUGCGGCGCGACUGUAAACCUUACGGUGGCCGUGCACAAAACGCUUGGCAUGACUUUCGAGCCGACGUUUGGUUCUUCGUACGCUCUCGAGUGCUUGGUCAGUGUCGACGACGCCAGUCGCAAGCCCGUCAAGCUCGUGAGCCACGCGGAAGAUGCCACGUCGCACGCCUUUGGCCAGGAGACGACGAUCGCAAACAUCGACCCGGUCGAUUGGACGCUCCAACUUGUUUUCAAGACGCCAGGCUUCGAGCCUUUUGCAAGCCUUGGUGGCCGCCGCGUCGGGAAGGCCACGAUGCCGCUCGUCGACUUCCUCGUCACCGAGAAAGGGCGUCUCAGUCUCUCGGCGCCCCGAAGCACGGUCUGCGACAUUUACGGCUACGGCAACGACGGCGGCACGAUCGGCAAAGUGCUCCGAGAACGCCUCGAGGACUACGAAGCGCGUAUCGUCAAGGCCCGCGACGUUCCGGCGGAAAAGCACCGGAAGCGCAACUUGGUGGCGCAAGCGCUCUUGCGCGAUGGGCCGUAGCGGACUCUAUUAUUGAC